GCGGGUCCACUCCACUCCAGUACUAGAUGCCACGACCAAAGCGCAGUGAUAAUCGGUAGGUCAGCGCGGCGGGCGGAGCUCCUUGUCAAGCCCCCGCAGGUCAUUUCUGCGUGACUGAGCCUCAGUCCAGUCACUGGAGUUUUUUUUGUUUUUUUUUGCCUGCACGCACAUUUCAUUUGUAAGGUUAUUUUAUUUUUUGUGUUGUUUCCAUUAACUGGAAUUUGUCGUGUCUUCGUCCCCUGAAGACGGGGUCGCGCUUUGACAAAAAAUUGCUGCGGAAGAACCCCGCAUGUGGAUCAGCGAAAGUAGGCAAGCAGUUCACAUGCACCUCAUCCAGGCGCUUCCUCACCCCUCGGGGCAGUUGAACCGCAAUCCAAAAAAGGACGCGAUGUGUUCACCUUGACUGAAGUCCGCGCGGAUGCCACAAACAUGGAGAAGCAGGCGCUGAUCACCGCCGUUAGUCUGUCCAUGAGUGUCUGCUCUCUGAUCCUGCUGGUGACUGCGAUUUUCACGGACCACUGGUACGAGACGGACACCAGGAAGCACAAGGAGCAGUGCGAGCUGCACGGCGCUGACUCGAACGAGCACAAGAGUCGGCUGAUGCCGGUGUAUCACCUGCCGCUCCGGGAGAGCGGGGACCCGCUGCGCAGGUUCAGCCUGUUAAGCCCGAUCUCCAUCGGGAGCAGGGAGGACGACCUGCUGGAAAACUGGAGAUCCAUUUUGGGGUUAGGAGUUCUGGAAUCCGAGUGCGCGCGCCCGCUGUUCUCGACCUACUCCGGACUGUGGAGAAAAUGCUACUACCUGGGCAUUGACCAGGACAUCGACAGCCUCAUCUCCAAGGGUAUCGCCCAGAGGUGCACGUCGGUGAAGUACCACUUCUCACAGCCCCUGCGACUAAGGAAUAUUCCAUUUAAUCUCACAAAAACGAUUCAGCAGGACGAGUGGCAUCUUCUCCAUCUCCGCCGCAUCACUGCUGGAUUCCUGGGAAUGGCGGCAGCGGUCCUGGUGUGCGGCUGCAUUGUUGCAGUGGUGAGCUUCUUCUGGGAGGAGAGCCUCACUCAGCAUGUAUCCGGGUUGCUUUUUCUCAUGGCAGGUAUUUUUUGCACCAUUUCCCUGUGCACCUACGCGGCGAGCAUCACGUAUAACCUGAACCGCAGUCCUCCCUUCAUCUACGGCCUUCCAGGUGACGUGGAGCACGGCUACAGCUGGUCCAUCUUCUGCGCCUGGUGCAGCCUGGGCCUCACCGUGGCCUCUGGGUGUCUUUGUACCACAUAUCCCUUCAUCAGUCGGACCAAGAUCAUCUACGGGAAAACCACAAGAGACUCCUGCGUCUGAAACAAUCUGGUGAAGGACUUUUAAGAAACAGGUUGUCGACGUAAACUCCUGAUUCUGCAGGGCACCAGCUGCUAUUUGGGUGAGUGGACAGCAGGUGGCGCAAAGGGCAGCAGGACCAACACCUAAACUUUGGCAAAUUCUCGUCUGACUUAAGUCAGCUUUAUGUUUUUUUUUAUGGAUUAUUAAGGAUGAAUUUCAACACCCGGGGCGCCCUUUAACUGACUCAUUUUUGUGACGUCUUUGCUGUUUCAAUAAAA